AUGUCCUUCGACGCAUCCAGCUCGGCCGCCAUUGUCGGCGAACCUAAUGCACGUGUUCUGAACACGUCAUGCCUCGACUUCCUUUUGAUCGAGCUCGUGCCCAUGGCCGAACGAUUGACCAAGGAGCUCGCGGUAGAGGAGAAGCUCCUAGAUGACGACGAGGUUCGAGAAACGACUUUCUUCCGCCUCGAGUCACUGGGCUAUCGGGUUGGUCAGGGCCUUGCCGAGCGGUUCUCUCGAGACCGCCCGCGAUUCACCGACAACCUUGACGUUAUCAAAUUCCUCUGCAAAGACCUAUGGACCAUUCUGUUCAGGAAGCAAAUCGACAACUUGAAAACCAACCAUCGGGGCGUGUAUGUUUUGACCGAUAAUUCGUUCCGUCCGUUUUCGAGAAUGAGCAUGUCGGUGCGGAGCGAAGCCGUAUCUAUGGCUCAAGCGUAUCUAUGGUUUCCAUGCGGUGUUAUUCGCGGCGCGUUAUCAAGUUUAGGCAUCCACACCACGGUGCAAGCGGAGACGGCCGAACUCCCAGGGGCGACAUUCCAAAUCAAAACACUUCAACCCAAGCCUUGA